AUGACACCGAACUAUGUUUUGGUCCUUGGGGCUCCUCAUUCAGGGAAAAUCAGAGUGGUGAAAUAUCUCAGCAAUGACGCUGAAUUUGAAAUCAAUGAAGCAUCGCAUAGUGGCAUCAUCGUGCCCGCUAACCUUACCAACAAGUACUUUUCUGCUAAUAUCCGUUUCCUUAUCGAUGAGUUCCCCGAUAAUCGAGACAAUGCUACCGAGGCCGAGCAGUUGAAAGCGAUGGAUAAAUGGUACCAGGACUUUUCGUCAUCGGAGUAUGCCGAACUUCGAGAAGCCAUUGACGGGGUGAUUUUCUGUUUCAAUUUAAGCGAAGUGAGUGAGACCUACUUGGAGAAAUGUCUUUCUAUGCUUGAAGAUUUCCGGGAGAGUAUGGAAGAAAUGGAUGACACUUGGUCGGGGUUCAUUGUGGUGGUAGGUAUAGAUCUGGCCUCCCCUGACGCCGUUGGAGAGAUUGAGGAUGCGGUAGCAUUGCGAGCAAUGGAGUUUGUCAAUUACGAUGAAGAAGGCACUAAUGAGUUUAGAGAACGGUUAGGCAAAGACCGUUUGCGAGAGAUUCUCGAUACUCACGAGUGGCAAUCACUGGAAAGUAUUCCUAAGUCGCCAUCACGAUGUGCAACCUACGAGGAAGCCCGACAGGCUCGGGCCGAAGAAAUGUCGGAGCCACUUACCCGCAAACCGCAGCCGAUGAACACCAAACUCGAUCUUUCAGAGGUGAUUGGUAAGCUUGAUCAGGCGAAGAUGCUGAUGGACGGCAUGACCGAAGAGCAGAAGCAGACUUACGCUAAGGGGGUGGUAAACGACUUGUUGAAUUUCCUUUAA